GUGACCAGGCCGAAUGUAUUCUACAUGAGAUUUUAUAAAGAGAGAAAGAGGGCGAAAAUUAUAUUAAUAUAACUCGUAAAAUGGUUCUUUUAGACAAUGAUGGUUUUCUAACUCAGCUGACGUAUUUGCUUCAAAAAUCAAGAAGUUCAGGUUCAGUAAAUAUCACAUUAAAGAAAUAUAAUGGACAAACAAAGCCAAAACCCAGAGGAUCAAAGAAAACUAGCAAGCUUACMUCUGUGGAGCAAGAAGGGGAAAGUAGAUGUCUUUUUAGAGCAGCUAGAGGAAAUAAGAAGAUCAGUACAGUGGUUUUUUCCAAAGAUAUAAACAGAUUUCAUCUAGCAUAUGCAAAUGUACUUAAAGCUAACAUGGAUAAUUUAAAGAAAAGAGAUAAGAAAGCAGAAAAGAGUAAAGCUAAGUCAAAAAAAUCCAAGGCAACUCAAUAGGAAAUUUGUACAGGAAAAUUAAUUAUAUCAUACAAWGUAAAAUGAGCAGAUGCUAUUUUGGGUGAAAUAAAACAUUAUGCAGGGGCAUGCGUAGGGGAUUCCAGUUGUUCUGGUAUUCCCCCUUCCUUUGUAGACAAAGUCUAGAAAUAUAAGACUUAAUAUGUCAAAUAUAUAGGUUACAAUAUUUUCAGAUAGUACAAUAGUCUGUGAAUCUAAAGCAAUUUUGKAGUCAAUCACCACAGUUUUGAAGCUGCAAGAAACACCCUAUGCAUGCCCCUGUUUCCAGUACCUGACUUACAUAUGUGUAUUGUGGAAGGCAAGAUAAAAGUAUGCAGUCAUAUCAGCAAUCRUACUUUAAUUUUUGCUAUAGGACAGAUUUCAUAGGAGUGUAGAGGUUACAGUAAUAUACCACGAAGCAUUGAUGUAGCUAUUCCAAUGUCUAUCUCUUAUUAGCAAAGGUAUUAAUAUGAAGUUUUGAAUGGUAUACAUGUAGUAAGAUAAUGUAAUAUUUUCAAUGUUGUCUUUGAACACUGACACAAAGUGUGUUUUUGUUUUUGAAUUAUCAUUGCAGUAUUUUCAUUCUAAAUUCACUUUCUCACAAARUAAUUGUGCAAUAAUAAACAAGUGUUGUUGCUAAGAAUUCUSAUAGAUUAAUGAAUAUCAAUGCUGUGCGUCACAUAAYCCUUUGUUACUCAUGUGACAGCUUUAAAGAGAUUCUUUUCGAACAAAAUAAUGUGUGUUAAGUUAUAAGAUUACAUGUGUUUGUUCAUAAACACAAAUUAUCGCAGUACCUUCAAAAUAUACUUGUACAUGGACCUAACACUGUUUUCUGAUACCUGUGAUAUUUUAAGUAAGAAUACAUAGUUCAAAUAAGAAAUCUGGGAAUCUUGUUGUAGUUAUUAUUCUGUUAUGUUUCUCUUCAUUCACAUAUUGCCAAAAUACAGAACGAUCACUUUGUAGAGUUGAUACAUAUCCACUUGAGUUGUUUUAUGUCUGUAAACUGCAUUCAAAAAUUGUAUUAUCUGUAAAAUUCCAGUGAACAAUACCUAUAGUAAGUCAACAAUAACAGAAAAUAAUAAAACAACAGCAACAAAAUAAA